UGCUUAUCUCCAUUAUUAUUUCUAUCAUCAUCAUUAUUAUCCUUAAUGCUGCGCUUUCCUUUUCCUCAACUUAUUCUUUUACAACAUAGAAGCAUCUCCCAGAUGAAUUGAUUGAAUUAUACUUAUAUAUUAAUAUUCUUCCACCUUCACUGUUUCUAAUUUCCACAGUUGUUAAUGAAGCACUCAUCAGAACAAUAGAUACAAAAAGGACUGUUCUACAAUAGAGUCGUAAGCGGUAAGCCAUAAGAAAUUAACUAAUCAUAGUCGAUUAUUCUUCUCACACUUAACUGCGAUUGGCCAAUUUCUUACAGCUUACGACUUACGACCCUAUUGUAGAACAGGCACUCGUAGAAACGAGUGUGUUCUAUUUAGUUGUAAAAGAAGAACUAACUAUAUAAGAAAUGCAGCUAAAAGGAACAGACCAUUGACUAGAAGUUAAGUCAGUAAAUCGAAUAUGCUAUUCUAUGUAUGUUAUAAGUUUAUGACAUUGUGAGCUACAGAAUAUACACUUUUGAUUGUGAUAAUGGUUGGAUAUUGUCGUAUUUGCAAAAUAGGAGUAGGAGAGGAAAUUGAUGUAUCCAUUCAUCGGAUGCCAAAAGAUGAAAAGAUUAAAGCAAUUUGGUUUGAAUUUAUUGGUCGUGAAUUAGGUCCAAACAGUGGAAUUUGUAGCAAACAUUUUAAACAAUCUGAUUUUAUUUACAAAACAUAUGGAAAUGGUGUUAGACGAUUCCUUAAACAAGGAGCAUGUCCAUCUAUAUUACAUGUCUCAAAUAUUAGGAAAAACAUAGAAUUUUCUGGAAAUAUUUCAUCGAGAACUGAAAGAGAUACUGAUCCUGAAAAAAAUAUAAUAAUAAAAGAGGAACAAGAAUGCAUUAUAGAUGAAACUGUAAUAAAUACAGAGAAUUCAAUGGAUAUUCAAUUCAAUAGCGAAACUAAUGAUCCUUUAAUCAUUAUGGAACAUAAUACUAAUUUGGAAACAAGUACAAUAUUAGGAAAUGAGAGACAAGAAUUCAUAAAUAUAGAUGAAACAAUAAAUACAAAUUCAACAGAUAUACAAUUGAAAAGAGAAAUUGAUCCCUUAGCUAUUACAAAACAUGAUACUGAUUUGAAAACAAAUACAAUAUUAGAAAAUAGAAUACAAGAAUUCAUAAAUAUUGAUGAACCAAUCAGUACAAAUUCUAUACAUCACUUAAAAAGAAAAUUAAAUAAUUCCUUAACUAGAAAACGCUUCUACAAUGCAAGAUACAUUGGAGAUUUAUGUCGAGAGGAUUUCACUUCGAAUGAAGCUUGGUAGGAUAAUAUCUUCAUAAUUGAUUCCAAAUUGAAAUUAAAUGUUUCAACUCACUUUGAGACCCUCUUCAGCAAUAUACAAAUACAGUGAU